AUGAGCUUGUUGGAGAGGUGACUUAAGUUAAAGACGGACCUGUGUGUGUGGGUGUGUGUGUGUGGGUGUUUUUUUAAAUAAUUGAUGUGCCAGUUUCUGAGAUGGCAAAACCUUUAGAUCACAUCAAAAGACCCAUGAAUGCUUUCAUGGUGUGGUCCAGAGGCCAGAGGAGGAAAAUGGCCCAGGAAAACCCAAAGAUGCACAACUCUGAGAUCAGUAAGAGACUCGGCGCGGAGUGGAAGCUGCUCUCCGACACCGAAAAACGUCCGUACAUCGACGAGGCCAAGAGGCUGCGGGCUCAGCACAUGAAGGAGCACCCGGACUACAAGUACAGACCCCGGCGCAAACCCAAGAGUCUCCUGAAGAGGGAUCGUUUCGUUUUCCCGCUACCGCCUUUACUCGGGGACACAGCGGAGCAUUUGAAGGGAUUUUCCAUGGAGUCCUUUCUUGUCCCCGGGGAUAAAGCCAGAGCUUUCCUCGCUCCCGUCUCCUCCUCCCCCUCUUCCUUCUCGCUGCUGGAGCCGGUGGCGCAGUUCAGCACCGGAGCUGUCCAGCGCAUGGCGGAGAUACCGCACGCUCUGGCCGCCGGCGCUCUGCCCUACAGCGCGCACACGUUUGGAUACCAGACUGGAGGGAUUGGGGGUCUGGGUUGCCACGGACAGCACACCCACAGCCACCCGUCACCCUCCGGCCCGGGAUACGUGGUGCCGUGUAACUGUAGCGCCUGGUCUGCUGCCAGUUUACAGCCUCAGGUGGCAUAUAUUCUCUUCCCCGGAGGGAUGACCAAAAACGGCAUGGACUCGUAUACUUCACCCAGCUCCAGUGUGUGACAGGCACUCCAAGACGCGCGCCGUCAUAACGGGGAAAGUUUGCGCACACAGGACCUCCCCGUGUAAUAUGACAAAAGAAAAAUAACUGGCUACAAUACAUGUUUUCAUCCUACACAUAUCACAGCGAAACUGAAUAUUAUAGGCUAGUGUUUCCACAGAUAUUAUUUCAAAAUGCCAUAAAUUGCUGUCUACCAUAUACUGAGCACCAACAACACACUACAAGUCUCCAUAUUACGCGUUAUUCCAUGUAAAUGCAGAGGAAUGGUUUGGUAAAGAUGUUAUAUUAUUACCCUUUUGACAAAAAUAUAAAUUUAAACCAGUUUAAAAUUAAAUGCACGAGGCCCACGCAUAACCUUUCUAAAUAAUUGAUAAGAAAUCAACAGGCGAACUAAUGUUACUGCCAGUCAGAGAAACAUGAAGCUGCUGUGGGUUUAGUGGUUUAUUGACACAGGCCUAAAAAGGCAUUUAGUCUCAUUUCUACACUUUAGAUUCAUACACUGUUACAUGUGUCCAGUAUAUCUGUCUCAGUUUGUAGGUCUGCUUUUUCAUGUUUUUACUUUGGAGCUUUUCAUAAACUUGUGUAAAUAAUGAUUUAACAUUUGCAAUUACACCAGUUUUGGAUACUAAGUGAUUUGCUGUUCAAUGAACAAUGUUGGUGUGAAGUUGAUAUUAUAGUUUGUAUUUGGGAUGAUCCACAUCAUCACAUUUUCCCUUACAUUUUAUUAACGUCUACUGAUUAUCAAAGUGUAAUUUCUUUUUUGUUGGAUGUCAUCUUAUUGCUGUAAUAUUAAUUGGGGGAAGUGUGUUUUUAUGUUCCUGACAACCUCGUAUUUAAACAAGCUGACCGAUAACAACACAAACUUACACAAAAGACAAACAGAUACUAGUAUAAUGCAAAAAACAGAAGUCCAUGGAACUG